AUCAAGCCUGCCAAACCCUAAACUUUUACAUGUUCUGUUAAUGGUGUUUGAAAUUCAAAUGUUAACAACCUGCGCACUUUUACUGCAAAUAAUUUGAUAGUCUUGAGUGAUUACCAGUGUUAAAGCUGUAACAAAGUGCACCUUAGGUGAGAACCGUUCAUAGAGGUAAUAGGUAACACGGAUUUAGAAAGUAGAUGCGUUCUCUGGAAUUUUAUUUUGGCACUCUUACUGGAAACUUGUUUCGAUCCUUGGCUGCUGUUCUAUGUGGAUAGGAGAAUUAAGCUGUACAUAUAGUAAAAUGGACAUUGGAAAAAGAAAACUAAUUGUAUUUCCAGUCCCCUUUUCCCGGAAAUUUUUAUUUCCACUGGUAUUUUGUAUUUCUUAAACAUGUCAGUUUUAUUUUGAAAGCCAUACCCGGAAGUAGUGUCUUCUGUCAGUAAAUCCCCCCAAAAAUGAAACAUUGUUUUGAUUUUAUUUUGGAAGAAGCUUAGCGGAAACGAAUGGGUGUUUGUUUCCGCUAGUUUGACAGUAAACUGUAAACAAAAGGAGUUACCUUGUUAACUGGACUUCCCCACUGUAACUCGAGAUGUCACGCACAACUCAGCGCAUUUUACUCACGGUGACCGACCACAACAAGCCAGCGGGCACGUUACGUAAGCGCGCAGCCACAGCAGGCAUUUAAACAGUGAGGCUGCCGAGCUCCUGCUGUAAACUUUUCCUCUGCUCCUAAAGCUUCCGACACCAGCGUGUGUUCAUCUGAACUCUGCGCAGCUUUACUACUCAGACAUGUCGUCCUAUAACAACAGCGUGUGUUUUAACGAGGCCAGGAGAGUGGCUAUAUUCGGAGGAACGCACGGGAACGAGUUGUCAGGCGUGACGCUCGUAAACCUGUGGGUUAAGAAUAGCACCGAGAUACAGAGAAAAGGGCUCGAGACCAAGCCUUUCAUCACCAACCCGAAGGCUGUGGAGAAGUGCACCAGAUAUGUGGACACGGACCUGAACCGAGCCUUCAGCCCAGAAAACCUCAGUGCGCCGGGAGGAGAUGACCUGCCCUACGAGGUGCAGAGAGCCCAGGAGAUCAACAGGAUAUUUGGGCCCAAGGGAAGCCCAGAGGCCUACGAUGUUAUCUUUGACCUCCACAACACGACGUCCAACAUGGGCUGCACGCUGAUUCUCGAGAGCUCCAAAGACCACUUCAAUCUGCAGAUGAUGAACUACAUCAAGAAAGCCAUCACCCCGGCCAGUUGUCUUGUUCUGCUGAAUGAACACCCUCUUUUGAAAUAUUCCACUUCGCGCUCUGUUGCCAAGCACCCUGUUGGUCUGGAAGUGGGUCCUCAGCCUCAAGGUGUUUUGAGGAGUAACAUCUUUGAAGCUAUGAGGGUAAUACUAAAACACGCCUUGGACUUCAUCGAACUGUUUAAUGAAGGUAUGGAGUUCCCUCCCUGUACAGUGGAAGUUUUCCGGGUCUUAGAGAGGAUUGACUACCCUAGAGAUACCAAUGGAAACAUCAUAGCUAUGGUGCACCCCAAUCUGCAGGACUGUGACUGGGAACCGCUGAACCCCGGUGACCCCAUGUUCCAAACAUUUGAUGGAAAGACCAUCCGCUACCAAGGCUCAGGCACCAUCUACCCCACUUUUAUUAAUGAGGCAGCCUAUUAUGAAAAACAACAGGCAUUUGUAACCACUAGGCGAGAAACCUUGGUAGCAAGUUCCAUCAGAAAAGCAUGAAAAGUUGCUUUGCUUUGUUUGCUUUGCUAACUGGGAUCACGAUUAUAUGUUAGCCACAGCAACAAUCUAUGGAUAGAGUUUGCCCUUUGUUCUUUUAGCAAAUGACAGACUUUCCUCAGAUAAUCGCUAGACACGAUCUUUUACACACUGAUUUAGUUUUCUAUGCGUUUACUAUCAGAAAAUCUCUUUUAACUAUGCAAAGAACACUUGUGAAGGCUUUGUAAAGAGUCACUGUGAAAGUCUUUGAUCAGAAGACUAAUAUAUUGCUGUGGUAAGUAUUUAUGAUACUGCUGUAAUUUAAAAAAUAUAUGUAAAUUAAAUCAACUAAGUUUUUCUAAUAUUAAAGGCCAGACCGAAUCAUCGAUGGCUUAUGAAUCAUUACACAACACUCCUACUACUGCUCAGGACGGCCAUUCAACCUGCAACUUUUAACCCAAAACUGUAGUUGUUUGUUUUCUUCAGAAAAUAUAUUUGUAACAUCUUUGUGAGGGUGUUUGUGGCCUUUGAUUUUACCCACCAGUAACUCCAGUGGUUGCGUCUGUGGUGCUGUCCUAUCAUUGCCUUAAUAGAGAUUACAGACGAAAUUGCACAACAGAUCUGAAGUGGGAUAUGCAGAUUAUAUGUUGGAUAACAAGAUAUUAUUUUGAUAAGACAUUGUAUAUGUUCUGUACCUCUAUACAAAUUGGAUGAAGUUUGAAACAUUUUAUAAUAAUAUAUGUGUGUCUGUUUUGAUAUACUUGUACUGUAUGUUUGGUUUUAAGUGAUGUGUAGGACCUGGUGAGUCAUGGAAAGCAUAUGUACUUUCUAAUAUUUUUACGUCUUUGUUGUCAGAUGGUCUUAUAGUAAUUCAUUUUUCAUUCUGCAAUAUUUUUGGUAGCACCAUUUAUAUCAUGAUCAGUAAAGUUUACUGUCCUUGAAGUCCUGUGGAAAUUGUCCAUUCAAUAAAUGUAGUACUCUGCUA